AUGCAAGGAAAUUCUCCCCGGUCGGAAAAUUUACAAGAGUUGGUCAAAGAUUAUAAAGCAACAGCUGCCUCUCAAGAAAAUAUGGAAGUUGCCUCCUCCAUCUCAACGACCGUCAUCCCCGAAACCUUGCGUACUACCCUUACUAAAUUUCUCGAGAAUGAACUUGAAGUUGAAACAAGUGAUGAUUUUAUUCAGAAAGAAAUCGUUGAUAUUGGGCAGGAUACCAAUGACCAAAUUGAUUCUUCUGAAAAAACAUUUGAAUUCGAGAAAAAAAAACCUCUCUCCAUAAAAGUUGCUCCUAAUGCUCUUCCUAUUAACGAUCAAUGUAUUACAGAAACUUUGGUUACCCCAACUCAGGCUAACCCUGGAUUUUCAUUUAAUGACGAAAAUACUAUAAAUUUGUUACAUAGAAGGCCAGGUGCCCCUGCUCAAUUGAAUCUGGUGUAUGACUCGCCAAAAAAUCAAAUCUCAAGAACUGUGGUGACCGCAGAUGUUUCUCCAUCUCCUUUACUGUCGCCGAAAAUUAUUGAAUUGCGUCGUUCGGAAUCUUUUCAUAACAAAUCCACUUCCAAUGAUGAAUCCGCGGUAAUUUCUACGUCAUCUUCGAUCGUUAAACUUUCACUUCUACCUCCCACGACUAUUCCACCAUCUGCGCAAAAAUGUCAAAUUGCAAGAGAUUAUGUCUUGAAAUCAUCAUCCGCUUUUGGAGCGUUUCCUAAAAGUGAACUUGAUAAAGAUUUGCUCGCGAGAUUAGAACAAGAGAAUUCUCAAUUACCACCACAGAACUCCACGGAAUUUUUGCUCGCACGUCUCGAACGUCAAAAUAAUAUUUUGGAUAAUGAUCCGAAAUCAGUGUGCAUUCAAUCGAACGUUCUCAAAGCUAAUCUCGAAACGGUGCAAUCAUUAAUUGAUGAUAUUAACGCAAGUCCCACAAGCGAAAAUGAAAAUGACAUUACCGAUUUGAUUCCAAUCCUUAACGAAAAUGAAAAUGAUGCUGAUGAUGCUUCAAAAACUAUCGACUGGGAUUUCUGGUCCGCUUUGAUUCAGGACUAUUCAUCGGUGGCUACGAAAUUACCUCAUCUCCUUUCCGCGAAAUUACAGCAAGGUCUACCUCCAAAAUUGAGAGGUUUGGUUUGGCAAUCAAUGUGUCAAGCUUCUUCUACUUACUUGGAAACAAUGUAUUCUCAAUUAUUAUCCGAAUCCUCUCCAUAUGAAAGGAUCAUAGAACGUGAUCUUGCAAGAACUUUCCCUCAUAUUGAAAUGUUUAAAGAAGAAAAUGGUAAAGGUCAAACCAUGUUGUGGAAUGUAUUGAAAGCGUACUCUUUGUAUGAUAAUUUGGUUGGAUAUUGUCAAGGUCUUGGAUUCUUGGUGGGACCUCUUUUGAUGAAUAUGAGCGAGGCACAGGCAUUUUGUGUAUUUGUUCGGUUGAUGGAAACUUAUGAUAUGCGAACGAUGUUUACAUUAAAUAUGGAGGGACUUCAACUUCGACUUCAUCAAUUUUCUGCUCUUCUCUCGCAGAUUCUUCCAAAGCUUAGCGCACAUUUUCAACAUCAUGUGGUACAUGCGGCAAUGUUUGCUUCACAAUGGUUUUUAUCAUUAUUCGCUUAUACGUAUCCAUUACCUUUGGUCCUUCGGAUUUAUGACGUGGUGUUUGCAGAAGGGGCGCCCGAAACAAUCAUGCGCGUAGCCAUCGCGUUGCUAAAGAAGAAUGAAGCGAAUUUACUUGAGAUCGGUGAAUUUGAAGACUUAUUGGAAUUUCUUUCAUCGAGACUUUAUGAAGCAUAUGAUAAUGAACCAACUGGUUUAAUCAAGGAUGCAAUGGGCCUGAGUAACGUGAUUACCAAAGCAAAAUUGGAUCAGUUGGCUACAAAUUACGUUCAAGAUUUGGAGGAACAAAAGAAGCGUGCGGAAAAAUUGGCGGCGAUCCGGUUCAAGGAAAGACUCUCUCAAGAAGAGAAAAAGAAGGAAGCAAAACGAAAUAAUAAACCGAACAAACCAAAACGUUGGUCAUUUACAGCACUUCCGAUUUCGAGACAAUCCGUUGCUUCAGCAUCAUCGUUAAAUAAUGUAUCCAGUGAACUUUCAUCUUCCGACGAUGAAAAUACGGCACCACCGCCCAUGACAGUCGCGUUUGCACCCGACAAAAUGAAUUCCGGACUGUUGCAUCAACAAAUCGAAGAUUUGGUUGCAGCAUUGUCCCAACUUCAAAAGGAACACGCGGAUGUUACCGAACAAUUGGUCAUUGUAAAAAUGGAAAAGAUGGAUUUGGUCACGGAAUUGGAAGACGUAAAGAAAAAUGCACGUGGACUAGAGAAGGAAAAUAAACGAAUGUCAUCGUUAUCAAUGUGUUCCUUUGAUCCUAACGACUAUGCUGUAGGGGAAGGUGCCAUGUCAUCAAGGAGGGCUUCAACCUCACAUUCCUUGGGAAUUGCAAACCAAUUGCCCGAAGACCAUGAUGUAACACCAAGACCCUCAACGGAAGUUGGAAUUAACCAUCUUUAUAAGAGAAGAACAUCUGAUUCAGAUGUAUUGAGAAGACCACGACGUGGUUCGGUAACAAGCUUCAUGUCAAUGCCAAGAUUAUCCUCAACGUCAUCAUCUAUGUCAUCCAUCCAGUCAGCUAAUACUUCACCAACAUUUUUAUCUACGCCGAAUACCUCGGAAUUUGAUGAAAUCGAAUUGAACGAGGAACAAAAUAAAAACGGAACGCAAAUCGAUUCUGCAUUAGUGGACGAACUAAUACAAGUCAAGAUGGAGAAAUUAGAUUUAAUGCAAGUAAACGAUGAACUUCAUAAGAGGAUUAAUGAAUUGGAAAACACCUUGAAAAAUUCACAAAUUGCAAAUGAAUUGUUACAAGAGAAAAAUCUAUUCUUGAGAGAAGAAAUGGAAAGGUUAGAUGAUGAAGCGGCACACGCGGUUUAUGAACAAAAUUCAAUGGAACAACAAGUCAAAGAAGUCAAGGAAUUGAAAUCACAAAAUGGAAAGUUAGUUAAAGAAAAUGAAAAGUUUAAGAAGGAAAUGGAAGCGUUAAAAUCAAGGAUUGCUAUAUUGGAAGAAUCAAUAGCAACAGAAUUCGAUGAUGAAAUUUAUUACGACAAUAAUGAUGUAUUGCUUGAUGAUGAUAGCAGCAUAAGAAGCGGAAGAAGUUCAUUUUUGAAUUUCUUUACAGGAAAUACAUUUAGAAGAGGAAGCGAAGCGGCAAAAUCCACAUCAUCAUCAGUACAAGAAGAUGGAUUUGACAUAAUAUCGCAAUGUAGCGUAGCGUGCGUUUCGGCCAAAAGAGUUGAUGAAUUAGAACAUAUGUUAGCGGAUGUUAAAUUACGGUUGGCGGAAAGUGAAGAAGCGAGAGAAGUUAUUUAUACUCAGAUGGAAGGAUUAAGAACGUUGGUAAAUGGAGAAACUGAAAGACCAAAAUCGCCUAAUAUCGGUGCAAUUGUUCCAAAGAGUAAACAAGAUAAACGUAUAAGUUCGAUUUCAUCACCUCUCUUUUAA